AUGAUGCAGAGGAUGCUUGGGCCGGCUCUGGGCCUUCUCUUCGGGGCUGGCCUUGGGAUGGCGCAGUUUCCUGGCGCGGACCUUCCUUUUCCGCCGAUGCCCUCCGAGGCCGUGGUGGGACCGACUCUAGCAGACUCCAAGAACAGCUGGCCGAAAAAGCGUGAGAUACUGAAGAAGAACGCUCCGAACAUCGUGGUUAUUAUGAACGAUGAUGUGGGAUUUGGAGCGCCCGACACCUUCGGCGGUCCCAUCCACACACCGACUCUGUCGAAGAUCGCGUCGCGGGGUGUGUCCUACAAUCGCUUCCACACCACCGCAAUCUGCUCCCCCACGCGGGCGUCCGUUCUGACCGGCCGGAAUUCUCACAACAUCGGCGCUGGGCAGAUCACGGAGGCUGCAGCAGGCUUUCCUGGCUACACCGGAACAAUCCCAAAGUCCGCGGCGACGGUGGCAAAGGUGCUGUCUGGAUACGGCUAUGAUACGGCGGCCUUCGGAAAGUGGCACAACACCCCAGUCAACAAUCUGUUUAAGACCGGCCCCUUCGACCAAUAUCCGACAGGGCUUGGUUUCAGCUACUUCUACGGCUUCAUCGCCGGUGAGACGUCACAGUACGAGCCACGGCUGUUCGAGAACACCAACCCGAUCGAGCCUCCCUACACUGCGGAGCAGGGCUAUCACCUCACUGAGGAUCUCGCUGACCAAGCCAUCAAGUUCAUCCGCAACAACCGCGCUUUGACACCGGAUCGGCCUUUCUUUAUCUACUUCGCCCCUGGCGGAACGCACGGUCCUCACCACGUCCACAGCGAGUGGGCCGACAAGUACAAGGGCAAGUUCGACAUGGGCUGGGAGAAGCUCCGCAACAUCACCUUCCAAAAGCAGAAGGCGAUGGGAUGGAUUCCCAGCUCCACAGAGCUGACGGCCAUUGAUCCCACAAUGCAGAAGUGGGAGGACAUCCCCGAAUCAGAGAAGGCCUUCCAGCUGCGUCUCGUUGAGGUGUAUGCCGGCUAUCUCGAGCAUACGGAUACGCAGGAUGGCAAGGUCAUCGAGGAGCUGGAGCGCCAAGGGCUUUUCAACAACACUUUGGUGAUCUACAUCCUUGGUGACAACGGAGCCUCUGCCGAAGGUCAGCAUGGCACCAUCGACGAGCUCAUCGCAGAGAACGGGCUGCCAAGCACUGCGGAGCUUCAAAUCGAGGUCUUGAACCGGGAUUUCGGCGGACUGGAUGCUCUGGGCUCCAAGCACGUGGACAACAUGUACCAUAGCUCCUGGGCAUGGGCUCUGGACACGCCGUUCAAGAGCACAAAGUUGGUCGCUGCUCACUUCGGCGGCACAAGAACUCCGCUGGUUAUGUCCUGGCCAAACGUCAUCAAGCAUGAUUCAACUCCGCGAUCCCAAUUCCACCAUGUCUGCGACAUCGUGCCAACAAUCUACGAGGCGAUUGGUAUCAAGGUGCCAGAGCAUGUGGAAGGCACGGCCCAGAUGCCUCUUGAUGGCGUCUCCAUGAUGUACACCUGGAACAAUGCCUCUGCAGUGGGACGGAAGAGCACCCAAUACUUCGAGGUCAUGGGCAGCCGCGGUGUCUACAAGGAUGGUUGGUUUGCGAGCGUCUUCGGCCCUCGCAUCCCUUGGCACUCGAACGCCACACGCUUGAAGGAGUGGAACCCGGACACUGACGUGUGGGAGCUGUACGACCUGACAAAGGACUACUCUCAGGCCCACGACCUUGCCAAGGAGAUGCCGGAUAAGGUUGAGAAGAUGAAGGGCAUUUUCCUUGUGGAGGCCACGAAGAACAAGGUCCUUCCUGUUGGUGCAGGCUUGUGGACGGUCGCCUAUCAUCCAGAGGAUAGCCCGAGAUCGCCCUUGACGGAAUGGUACCUCUACGAGGGCAUGACGCGAAUUGCAGAAUCGAACGCCCCGCUCUUCCGUACCGGCAAAAACUCCAUUGCCAUCGCGGACGUUGAGGUGCCGAAGAACGCUUCUGGUGUGUUGUACUGCGUCGGCGGCACAUCUGGGGGCUUCUCAGUGUACAUGGACCAGGGAUACCUCUACGCAGAGUACAUGGCUACUCUGCUCUACCGCUACAUCGCCAAGUCCUCCGCGCCAUUGACACCAGGGAAUGCGAAGAUUGAAAUCAAGCUGCAAUUCGAGACACAGCCGGUGAUUGCUCCGGCGAAUCUUACCAUGUCCGUGAACGGAAGUGUGAUGGCCUCGAUGAUUGUUGAGAAAUCCAUCCGUUUGGCCUUCGACGCUUCCGAGACUUUUGAUGUGGGAAUGGACUUGGGUUCGCCCGUCUCCAUGCUCUACCAGGCCCGCUCGCCGUUCAAGUUCAGCGGCAAGAUCAACCAGCUGCAUCACGGCUACAGCAAGGAGAAGGAAACCUUGCAGAUUCACGUACUCGAGGAGGGCCAGUCCAAGAAGCUCUCCGAACAGACGAUGGAGGCAAGGAUCGACGAGGAGGUGGGGAAGAUGCGUGUGACGACCUUCAACCUUUCCUGCCGAGUCAUGGUCCACAUUGGUGUGAUCGCCGUGCUUGUGGCGCUGAUGGAAGCUCACCGGAAGCCGAGUCUGAGAUCACUCCUCUGGCUCUUAUGGAUGUUUUUGCCGUACUGCGCGGACGUUUUAAGCGUUCUGGGGCAUGUGCGCCUAUCCCCAGCCCGCGUGCGAGCCACCUGUGUCGGCAUCUACCUUUGCGCCCUCGGGGGCACGAUUUCUUUGGCAUGGGAGCCGAAAGAAGAGUAUGUUGGUCGGGCCGGGGUGUCGGUGGCAGCGCAGCUGGUGUUGGGGAUCACCUUUCCGGACACGGCAGUUGCAGCUCCUUUUUCCUUGCUCUUCCUCGCCGCAUACGUCUGGACCGCAAUGGAGGUGUGUGGGGUGGAAGCCAUCAACGCUUGGUUCCUCUUCCAGCAGGGUUUCCAGCUGGUGCUGAACGUAUUGGUUCCUGUGGUGCUGGAAAAGAUCAACCGCGAUCGCAUCGCUGCCUCCUUUCAAUCAAAGGAUGCCGAUGCUUUGAUCUCGGGCUUCCGGCAGAUGUUGCGAGGCAUUUGUGAUGGAGACUUACUGCUGGAUGGAAGCUUCAAAAUCUCCGGCAGUGCAGGAUGCCUGAAGCGCAUUCUCGAAACACCUACGGAUUUUGUCGGAAUGCAGUUUCAGGACUUGAUCGAUGAUUUCCAGGAGGAAUCACGCAGCAUGUUUGAUGAGUUCCUGGCGCGCAGCACGCCCAAGACCGCGUCUGAAGAAUCCGAGCAGCAGCAGAGUGCGCCGCAAUGUCUCCGGGUGCCGCUGAAGUCGCCAUCUGGGCGGACGGUCUCUGUGGACGUGUUCCAUGCACACCCACCCGCGGGCGAAGUCGUGGACAACGGCAUCUUUGAGGAUUGGGUGCUGGCCCUCUAUGCCGACGAUUCCGACGAUGCCGCGCCGGCGCCCGACUCCGACUCGGAUGCGACGGCGGAGUCCGCAUGGCCAGAAAAUAACGCCACUCGUCAUGACGAGCUCCUGGCGGGACAACUGGCGGUGUGGCCGCAGGAGUUGCCAGUGCCAGCGGAACUGGCCAGCUCCUCCUCUGGCCCCGCUGUGAUGAUCUCGCCGGAGGACGCGGACGCUCAGGCUCUGUGGGAGGAAUUCCUCGCGGCGGAGGAGGCAGAGCAGGAUUUCCGGGCAGCCGAGCCGUUGGUGCCGCUGGUGAUUGUUGCGGCACCGGACAGCGCCGAGUCGGGGAAUGAAGGCGCCGUACAAUACCAGCCGGCUUCCGUGCGGCGAAUGUGGUCAGUGCCUGUAUAA